AUGGACCGGGCAACCCAGGAAGCGGCGGUAGACAAGCUCAACCAUACACUGCGGAUGGUGGGUUAUCCAGAAGAGUUCGUGCGAAACUCGACUCUUCUCGACAAACUUUAUGAAAAGAUUCAAGUGAAACCAGCAUUCUCCGACACACUGCACACCAUCGAUCAGAGCAAAAGUUGGAUCAACCUGCAAAAACUUUCGCUGACUAACACUCGCGACAAUCCCUUCGAUCCGACCGACCUGACCAGCGCCAACGCCGCGAUGGAAGCGGACCGUAACUACAAAGAUUCAAGUGAAACCAGCAUUUUUCGACACACUGCGCAGCAUCGAUCAAAGCAACAGUUGGAUCAACCUGCAAAAACUCUCGCUGACCAACGCCCGUGACAAUCCUUUCGAUCCAAC